UUUCACACCGGCCAAGCAUGUGGCGAGCUUUGUAGAUGAGUUUUCAUCGGAGGACGAGGACCAAUAACCUCUUUGACAGGACUCGAAGGACCGCACCCGGCGCGCGAUUCGUUCAAUUUCUUCAUGCACAUCUCCGGUAAAUGGAUCGCGAAGCGAAUGCGACGCACUUGCCACGUGUGAAAUUUAUUUCGUAGCCGUCUGUUCUAAUUUUUGAAAAUAUCUUUGAAGUUUGAACAAGCUCCACUUGAUUCCUUGCUGAUAUAAUUAAUAAACAUCCCCUUGUGCGGUACGUAAAUAAAAAAAAAACCAGUUUACGCCGCGACCAGGUUCGUCUCACUCAUAAACACACGAGAUUAAUAUCUCGACAAUUAAUUGUAUUUUGCAGAUGUAUGUAUAUAUCAUCUGAAUAAUAGCGCCGUAUCGCAAGCGAACGGUGAAUUAUCUUGACAUCGUGCACUCUCUCGGACAUAACAGAACAAUUUACUCGAUCUGUGAAAUUACGCAACACGGACGGACAUUAAAUCAUUUCGCUCAGCUAGGCUGCGAAAAAAGAGAGACACAGAGAGAAAAAGAGAGGGAUAGGGUAGCACGUCGACAUUACAUUUUGCAACGCGCGAACACCGCAUGCAGUUUAUAUCUCGCGUUACGCCUCUGUAAUAUCGAUCUGAGCGGCCAGUGGACAUGCGUUUAGCGCUUUUAACUUCAUUGUGACAGAUGCCCUGUCCGGGGUAUCUCGUUUGAAGUGUCUCGUCGGCAGGAGCGCUAUGCACGCGAUGAUCGCGAAAGAUAAUGUGACACAGCCUCGCGACGCGUAGCUCACGGAAUUACAGAUUCGUGAAAGGAAAUCAUGUGUCGCGUGUGUGCUCGUUGACGGAGCGACGAGGCACCGCCGAGGGCCGCCGACCAGUGUCUGGAACAUGUGCCUUUGCUACGACUAAGAACCCCGUUAAUCUGAAAAAACAUGACUGCCAUAGGCGAUGUGCAAGCCUUGCAGACUCUGACAGUUUACACCAGCGAUGUAAACAGCGUCGACUUCGCCGGUGAUUGCGUACUGGUAACGGGAUCCGGGGACAAACGCGUCCGGGUUUGGGAAUGGCAGCCCGGCGCUGGCUACGUGGAGGCUUACUUCUCGCCCCUGAUGGGGCACAAGUAUGGCGUGACCUCAGUCAAGGUCAGCCCCCAGUCCACUAUGUUGGCCACCUCCAGCAUAGACGGUACCACGCUGCUCUGGAACUUGCGUACGGGAACGAAGAUACACACUCUGGUGCAAAUGGGCGGCGAGGCGGUGAGAGUCUGCAGAUUUUCGCCCGAUUCGACAUUGCUCGCGACUGCUGGAGAUAACGGGCAAGUUUGCAUCUGGGAUUUGAUUCAUCGCAAUUUGAUCAGAUGUUUUCAAAAGCACGAGGGUGCAGUGCAAAGCCUGUCUUUCUCACCAGACUCGAGCUGGCUGAUCACCUCGUGCACACUGGGCGUCUUAAAGCUGUUCUCCACUGCCGAACUGAUUGACACUUAUACUUCUAGCAAUCAUGAAAUCGUUGAACUCGUCUCAAUCGAUGAUGCUCACGACAUGGGGGUGGUUUCCUGCGAUUUUUCGACCUUCCAAGAAGUCACAUGUAACGAGCCGUACACAAAGCUUUAUCAACUGGUUUCGUGCGGCAACGAUCAUGACGUGAAGUUAUGGGAAGUCACGGUCAGCCAGAAUAAAUGCGAGGCCCAACCCUCUACUGCCACUGUACAGCUUUGCAGAGUAAUGGAAAAGCACAGUAGUGCCUUAACUUGCGUCCGUUUUAGCAGCAACGGAUUAUAUAUUGCCAGCUGUGGCCUCGAUAAAACGGCAGUAAUUUGGGAGACGAGCUCAGGAAAGGUCGUGACGAUAAUCUCCGGUCACAAUAGAUACGUAGCUUGCUGCGCUUUUUCACGCGAUGGAAACUUAUUAGCGACAGGCUCUAACGAUAAAUCAGUAAUUGCGUGGGACUUAACAGGAAACUUAACUAUCGAUUCGGAACUCUCGAGAAACAUUGGCACAAAGUGGUUCGUGAAUGAUCCCGAAAAGAGUACCAUGCACGAACACGAUGUAAUGAGAAAUGUCGAAACGUACGCUAACGAGGUGAGAUUGAUUCAAAGAUUGGAGGAGCACAACGGUGCGGUAAACAGCGUUGCUUUCCAUGGAAAUAAUCUUGUAGCAUCGGCGUCAGGUGAUAAACUAGUGCGCAUUUGGAGCAUCGAAACAGAAGAAGAGGAUGGGGAGGAAGUGAUCAAAAUACAUGAAAAAUCAUUUAGUCCGCUCGACGCUCACACUUACAGCGUCAAUUACGUGGAAUUUAGCCCGUGCGGUUCGAUGCUUGCUUCCUGCUCUCUUGACGGAACGACUUUAGUUUGGAAUACAGAAACCGGAGAUCAAGCAAAACCCUCUUUCGUCAAUUCCGGGACGGGCAUCCGGGUAUGCCGGUGGUCACCUGACGGCACAAAGAUUGCCACCGCUGGUGACGACGAGAAGACAACGUUAUGGGACGUGGAAUCUAUGGAUCAGUUACAUCAACUUUACAGUGUCUUCGAAGGCCACGCCGACGCGAUAUCCGCCAUCGCAUUUACACACGAUUCCCGAUACUUAGUAACCGCAUGCAACGAGGGCACUUGGCGUCUCUUUGAAAUUUUAGACGAAAAAAGCGGUUCCGAGGCACUGAUGGUUUGUGAUGCGAGUCACGAUUUAGGUGUCCAAGGAUGCGACUUCAGCCCUACUCCAUGCUCUAUGAUGUGCAGUUCCAAGAAUUUUUCAUUAAAUAAUACAAAUAUCGGCGAUUAUCAAUUGCUUGUAGCGAGAGAUACAGAUGUGAACCAACAGAUAUAUCUACUGGCAACGUGCGGCAACGAUGCAUUAGUUAAACUAUGGCAUAUAAUUAUUUCAAACGAUCCAUCAUCCGAUUCGGAUGGCAUCCGAUCGAGCAAUGGAAUGCGUUACAAAGAGAAGAAGUCCUUGACUGGGCACGGUGGAAACGUGAUGUGCGUCCGUUUCUCGCCCGUUCAUGGAGAAGUUCUAGGUAGCGUCGCGACAGAUAGAACAGCUCGCAUAUGGAGCGUGUUUUCCGGAAGCUGUUUAUACGUCCUGGAAGAUCAUGAUAGUCUUGUUACAUCUUGCGCAUUUUCCGAAGACACGUCGUUCUUUGCUACAGGCGCAUUGGACAAAACUGUCUUGGUUUGGAAGGUGCCUCAACAAUUAGUGUCGCACAGUAAUUUGAUGGAUAGCUUGAGAAACAAGAAGAAGAGGGUUGCAGACUGGAAACUAUACGAUACUUUGAAGUGGCUGAAUGACAUUGAAUUGUCCAGAUUGUCCAGAAAAGUGCUUGCUCUAGGAUUGACUGGACGGCACUUGCUAUCCGUGUCGGAGAACGAACUGAUAUCCCGAUUGGAAAUCGAAGACGAUGAAGAGGCGAUGGAAAUAUUGAAGAAGCAAUUAUAUUGGCUGAAGCGUGAAGAUUGCAAUGUUAUGGAGAAUAUAGACGAGUCUGAGAUUCCUCAUGAAUUCUUGUGUCCUAUAACGCAUGAGAUAAUGAAAGAACCUGUGCAGUGCUCAGAUGGAUUUACUUAUGAGAGGGCAGCCAUAAACGAAUGGUUCCUAUGUGGAAAAUAUACCAGUCCAAUGACGAACGAGCCAUUGCACGAUACUUCUUUUACCCCAAAUUUCGUUCUCAGAAAUGCUAUACUCACUCUACUUCACGGAGAAGGACCACAAUAGUAAUGACAUUUUACGCACCUACGGAAGAAAAAGAAAAAAAAACAGCGCACGUGUUGAUAACUUUUAUGGUACACAGUAAGCAAUUUUAUUCUACGGUACGUUAGACAUUCAAGAUCUGGUGAUUUUAACGCAAUAAGAUUCAUUCUCUUUACAAGAAUCGAAAAAAAGUUUGAAACAUCGAUCGGUAUCUGCGGACCAAUAUUACACACGUAUAAAAAUAUAAACGACUCAGUAGCAAUUUCGUAAUUAAAAAAAAUAUCCGCGAAAGGAUACCACGUGAGGACUGAAGGAAGUUACAAUUCCUGAUCUUUUAUUUCAAGGAGUUUUGAAAUUGGAAUUAUUGGAGAUAUGCUUAGAGAGAACACGUUUUAACAGUAAUUAAGGAGCAUUGUAGCAUCAUAACUUUUACCGAGAGGCGGUGCGUAUCUAAGAACCGCUGAUUGAUAUGUUAUCGAUAUUAAGAAGCAAUGUCUAGAAAUGAGAGAGAAUAUUGUCGAAAGAUUUCCGAACAUUCGAUGAUAUAGCGCGUGUACAAUACACGCAACGAUCCAGAUACCUGAUGCAAAGCAACAAGUACAAGUUUACAAAAAUUUAUGGACAAUCUUCGAGAUUUAUGGAUAUAGCGGUGUGGCGUUGGUCUAAAUAUCAGAUAUUACAGAGUAGUCGAACGUACAUACGUAUACAUGUAGCUAGAAACAUAUCGAGAAUAUACCGAUUUUAUAUACGGUUCUAGGCAUAAACGAGAAAUUUAAGUUCUCGAAUCGAGUUGAACGUGGAGUGUUUUUGUCGUUCUCUUUUGCAUCUCCAUUCCAAAUUUUUUAUAACUCAAAUAACCCGCGCGUUUUCUCAGCUGAAAAGAUUUGAUCCCAUGUAACGAGACGAAUGGUUUAUGAUUUUACGUGAGGAGUUCUUGAUAUCAAUAUUAAAUAAAGGCUAAUUUCGAGUCUAAGAUUGCAUUGACAGGGUUAACUUUGCAUCAGAGAAAUAAUUUAGAGAUUAUUUAGUGUAGAAGAAAAAUGGAUUUCCGAAGCUUUUUGACUAUUUUUUUGAAUGCUAAAUGGCUCUAACAAUUUCUACUGCAUUGCAAAGUUACAAAUCUUUAUCUUACAAUUGUUGAAACUUUUAAGUACUGAAACUAAUUGAAAACCAAGUUUUCAAUUUAUAUAGUGAAUAAAUAAAUUCUGCGCGUUAUAACGUUUUAGAAUAAAUAUGCUACUUAGUAGUAUAGAAAUAUUUGUGCCUAACGUAACGACGAGGAGUUAUCGUAUUUCUCGAGAUAUUAAGGAGACAUCUCGAUUUUUUAAUCUACGGCAUUAUCGCGUUUUAUCAAAUAUUUAUUUUCUAAAAUAUAACUUUGUAAUAUAUAUUAAAUAAAAAAUUAUGUUAACAUAUGCGUGUAAUAAUAAUGUAACUUUUUAUUCGCAAAUAUUACAAUAGUUUAAUUGUAGAUUUUUUAAUUUAUUUGUUGCACUAACAUCUAACAAAGAUUUUCUUUUUUGAUAUGUCAAUUGUUAUCAAUAACAAGCACAAAGUGCUUUUUAAUAUUGAUUAUCGUAAAUGCUGUAGAUCUUGUUAUACACUUUUUAGAUCGACGAUAUAUGAAUAUAAAUAACUAUAAUCAUUUUAUAAUAACACUAUAUUAACUCUUAUAAUAGUUUUAAGUGUUAUAAACAACAAUUACGAAAACUGUAUAUAAAAUUGUAAUAAAUGACAGGAUAUGCGUGUGUAUCGCUUGGAGGAACGUAAACCGUCGAUUUUUUUUCUCUCUCUGAGACAUCAGUCAGAGGUGAUUAAAAAAACUCGUUUCUAAUCAGCGUUUACGCACAGGUUUUUACAUAAUUUCUACGAAUUUUUCGAUCACCCAUUACGAACACGGUUUUGUAAUUGUAUGUCUUCAAAUUGUCACUCGAAUUUAAAGUCUGUAUUUCUGUGAUAUAAUUGAGAAAUCGUUUGAAACUUGUUAUGUAUCGGAAGAAGUUUUUAGCAGUAGUAACGCGAUCGAGAAUAGCACGUUUAUAAUCGCGCUAUUGAAGAAAGUCCGACUCGCAAUCGAGCUUGAGCGUUAAGCGAUUUUACAAUUGUAAGCGUGAUUUUUCUGUAUAGCUAUAUACAAAUAAUAAAAUAUAGAAUAAUAUUAAUAGA